AUGCAAAGAUGGGAUGUACAAGUGCGUCUGCCCGAUCACAAAAUGGGAGAGUUUUUAUUAUUAGACAGGAGUCUAACCAUCGACACCAUUAUCGAGAUAAUGAGUCUAAAUGAACCUAAAUAUGAAUCAGAGGAUAUAGAAAUGAUUGAAUUAAAUACACAACAACAAAGGAAGCCAAAGAAGAAGAAGUUUAGGUUGAAGUUGAUGGAUGAUAUUGUUGCUUCGUCUGGACAGGACUAUGAGACAAUGCCAGUAUACCUCUAUGAGAAUAGGACUCAGAUCACUCAGUUGGAUCUAAGUUAUAAUAAUAUUAGGAGAGUUGAAGAUAUUGAUCAAUUAUCACGUCUGACCAUAUUGGUACUGGACAACAAUCAAAUUGGCAAUUGCAACUCUUUUCCAUAUCUUCCAACUCUAAAGACACUAUCACUUAACAAUAAUAAUAUUGAUGAUCUAAAACAGUUCAUUGAAUCAAUCAAAGAGAAGUUCCCCAACUUAACACAUCUUAGCUUGCUGAAGAACCCUGCUUGUCCAAGUCUGUACCUGGAUGGUGUGGACUUUGGAGCAUAUCAAUUCUAUAGAUACUUUGUACUCUACCAUCUGAGGAGCUUAAAGUUCUUAGACUUCCUAGAGGUCACACCCAAAGAGAGAAUGGAAUCAUACCGUCGACAAUCACAUACCUUAUUUGGAAAUCAUCGUCGUCUGAACAAUGAAGGACCAGCAGAGACUCCACAACAUGAUGACGGAUCAAUUUCCGAGCAGCUCGAGUCUACAAGGGAUAGCAGGGGAGCUAGUAUUCGACCGAUGGACCAUCACGAAGGUUUCCAUCGCCAGACCUCUCAAUCAGAAGGCAACAAGUACAUUAUAAAUGACGAUCUAUAG